AUGGACACUCUACUCACUGCCGAGAUCGUGGCUAACUCUCCACGAUUUCGACGCAAAUCAUCGAUCUUCGUCGAUGCAAUUCACGACUUGCCGGAAAAGGCCGAUCUAGCUCCGGCCCAGCUGUACAGCACCGAGUCCGGCCGACUGUUUCAUUCGGGCCGUAUCGUGAUCAUCACGGUUGGCUUGCCUGCGAGAGGCAAAACGCACAUCUCUGUAGCUUUGGCACGAUACCUGCGAUGGCUUGGUGUCAAAACUAGAAUCUUUCAUCUGGGCGAUUACCGCCGUGCCACGAUCCCGUUCGGCGAGGACAUGCCAGAUGAUUAUUUCUAUGUCAACGCAACCGCAAAGUCCGUUCUUCUGCGCCAAAAAAUUGUGAGGAAAUGUCGAGAAGACAUAUAUCACUUUUUGAACCACGAGAAUGGCCAAAUUGCAAUCUACGAUGCAGUGAACCCCCUAGCAUCAGGACGACGUUCACUUGCCAAGGAAUUUGCGAAGCACGAUAUUGAGACACUAUUUAUCGAGUCUUGGUGUGACGAUGAACGCAUCAUUGAGGAAAAUGUUCGCAGAGUGAAGAUCUCCUCCCCUGAUUACGUCUCGUGGAAAUCAGAAGAUGCUGUGAAGCAUUACUUGAACCGGAUCUCUUCUCGCAUUCCUCAAUUCCAGACUAUGGAGGAAAAGGACUUGAACUACAUCAAGAUGAUCAAUGCCGGCGAGAGGCUUAUUGUCAACAACCGAAGCUUCGGCUACCUCUCUAACCGUAUAGUCUUCUAUCUUCUCAACCUCCACAUCAAAUCGAGACGAACCUACUUUGUUAGGGCUGGCGUUUCGUUGGAAGCAGACUCCUAUAAAGCAGAUGCUUCGCUCUCGGAGCAGGGAGAAGACUAUGCCAAAAAGAUGACAGCGCGUCUACUAGCUCACAGAGAAGAAGAAAAGCAAGCCAUGAUUGAACGGGGAGAGACUGGCUAUGAGUCAAGGCCUCUGAAAGUUUGGACUUCUACCCGACGCAGAACAGUGGAGACCGCCAAAUAUCUCCAUGAAUACGGCUACAAGAUCCGACAAAGGCCUCAGUUGAGUCAGCUGCAUCCUGGUGUUUGUGAGCAAAUGUCCGAGAGUCGCAUCCGAGCAGAGUUUGGGGACGAGGUUGCCAAGCACGAGUUAGAUCCCUACCACCACCGUUAUCCCCGCGCAGAGUCAUAUCAUGACUUGGCUGUUCGACUCGAGCCGAUCAUUCUGGAACUGGAGAGGGAACAAACCGACUUGCUCAUUAUUGCCCAUGAAAGUGUUUUGAGGGUGUUGUACGGCUAUCUCAUGGCCUGCAAUGCUGCGGAUAUUCCAUUCCUCGAAUUCCCUCGUGACGAAAUUAUUGAGAUUGUCCCCGAAAGCUACCAGAACGAGGCACAGCGGAUCCAUAUCCCGGACCUUCCUGAAGAGAUUAUCCCGGGCUCGCCACAGGACUUGAAGAUCCCGGUGCCCCCAAGCGGAGUGGUAUCACCAAUGCAAGGACUCGGUAGCCCCGAAGGCCAAGCUACUCCGCAGAGUGGUCAUCGAACCCCGAGUGGAAUCCGAACACCGCGUGAGCCUGAAAGGAUCUCACAGCAGCAUGUUGAAGACGUGGUCUAG